AUUGCAUAUUGCACUACACUACGCUUGAGAAGACCAUUCUGUAGUUGAAGAUGGCCGCUUAAAAUACUCGUCAACAUGCCUGCUGCAAAAAUGUAUCCGACUGCGAUAGAAAUCCUCGACGCUGCUGCGAAAUCGACACGAAUUAUAACGACAGCAAAUAAGGAUUUAAAUAACAACGUUUUAUUUACGUGUGAGGAUUGUGAUUUCACGAAGAAUUCGCCGUCGUGUUGCGAACAAUAUCUACUACGUGAUCACAUUCGUCACGUUUGCGAGUAUUGUAUUUCUCCUUACAAAGACUUUAUAAGAAGACGGAGAAGUAGUGGUGGAAUACCAAUCUGUUGAGUAAGGAUAUGCCAGGGAUUUAUGUACAUCUUGGAUCUCUGCAUCUAGACUUCUCUAGCAAGUUUGCCUCGUAUUUAUCAGCAGUCUCUUCUUGUGAAUCCAAUAUACAUUCUUCACAACACAUAGAGAUGCAUUCUGUAGGCACAAUGGAAAGAAUAUAUACUAUGAAUCAUAUUUUACGUGGAAAAAACAAUACAACAUCUAUGCAAGAUGGUGCUUUGCUCGUAAAGCGGACUAGUCCUGUAAUAUUUAGUUCUUCCGAUGUAACGCCUACAAAACGAAAGCCGCAAACGCUCGAGAAUCAGGAAACAAUAAAACACCCGACCAGUUAUGUAAUCGAUCCUUCGAUAAAGAGUAACAGAGAUUGUAACACGAAAACAUUUGAUAUAGAGGAAAGUCUAUCUCAGUCGGUGAGCUCUGUCGAUUCUGAAGAUAAUUUUGUAGUUUUCGAAGCUAGCGAUAAUGAAUCACCGAAACAGGAGGCGGCGGAGUACUCGACCGGAAUGCAUUAUACUCUUAAUUCGAUGAAGAUUAAUGAGGAUUGUAACAGUGAAAUAUAUAAUACGCAUGAUAAUCUAUUCCGAUUGCGAUUAUUGUCAGAGUGUUCUGUCGAUUCCGAAGAUAGUUUUAUAAUUUUCGGAGAUACCGGAAAUGAAUCUCUCAAGAAGCAGGAAGCAAUGAAAUAUCCGACUAGAGUACGUUAUGUAGUUGAUCCUUUAACGAAGAUCAAUAGCAAUUACCGCAAGGAUUGUAAUAGCGAAACGUAUAAUGCGCUAAAAGAUACAUUACGACCGCGGUUAUUGUCGGAAAGUUCCUCCGCCGAUUCGGAAGAUAGUUUUAUAGUUUUUGAAGACAGCGACGACGAAUUGCCAAAGCAAGAAGCAACAGAAGACUCAAUAUAUGAUAUAUUUGAUUCUUCGACGAAAAUCAAUAAUGAUCACUGCAAAAAUUAUAAUAACAAAAGAUAUAUGCACGAAGAUUUGGUCCAAUUCUCAGAAAGUGCCGAAGAUACUGAUGAUAGUUUCUGCAUAGUAUUCAACACUGAAUUGGAACAGAACUGUGCGAUCGACAACUUUAGCUAUAUUAAAACGAACAUCUCUACUUCCAUGCAAGACAACUCAAUAGAGGAUGAAACGAUGAUUGAAAACGAUGAAGACAGCGAGGAAUCAACAGUACAAACAAAGAAGGUGAGCUUUGCUCCAACUCCAAUCAUUCACAUCAUGGUAACAUGGAAUUAUGCAUAUCGAGCAGCUCGGAAAGGUCAAUGGGAAGAAAUGGCACGGGAUAGUGAAAGAUUUAAAGGACGUAUAAAUUCCAUUGCGGCUGUCCUUAAUCCAAUUUUAACAAGUAAACAUCGCUCUAAAGUUUGGCAAGAACGAUUCGCUUUUCAAGAGUAACUUGUACUUUUAACAGUAUAAAGUAAUUUGUAAUAGGGAAAAAAGAAGAAAAGGAGAGAAAGAGAGACCCAAAGAGGAUAAUUGUAUCAGGUAUCGCAUUAAGUAAUGUAAUUAUAUUCUAAUGUAAUGUAUGAUACAAUUUUUUUCUUAACAUAUAUGUAUCUCUUUUUUUCUCGCUUUCUCUACAUUCUCUACUAUAAAUGAUCUCUUACACUGUUAAAUAGAUGUAAUAAAUUUAAAAUAUAUAGGAAAUAAUGCAUAAUUAGAUAAUAAUUUAUAUUGUUUAAGUAGUAGUAUAAGAUAAAAGUAAGAUUAAUAUUUUCGAAAUGCAGAAAAUGGCUGUGAACAUUAUUACAAAGAAAUCGUUUUUAGUGUAUGGCUGAGAUAUAUAGUAUGUCCAAUAUAUGAUGUUUUUUUAAUUUUAAUAAAUCAAAAUAAUCAUGCUAUCAAUUUUAUAAUAUUAAUUUUUUCAUUUAGAAAUUUUCUAGCAGCUUUAUUCAAAAUAGAACUUAAUAGAAAAAUGUGCACAAAUCUUUCUAAUCCGAUAAAAAUGCUACUUUUUGUGAUGUUGUCAUGAUUACAUCAAGAAUUUUAUCUUUUAGUUCUAAUGACAUAUAACUUUAAACUUUUAGCGCAAUUGAGUAUGCGAUAUAUACAAACAACAGUAUAUUUAAAACAUAUAUUGGACGAGUUACUAAAUAUUUUCAAUUAUCUAUCAAGUUCUUAAUAGAUUAUAUAGCAUGUAUCAAUUACAAAAUAAUUAUACAUAUUUCUCUGCCAUUGUUUAAAAAUAAACAUUGUAUAAUAGUUGUAAUAUAAAAAUUCCAAAAACACGUUCAUAUUUUUUCAUAACAAUAAAACGUGCAACAUCUAUACUCUAAAAACUUUGCAUUGCAAAUAGAAGGUACUUUAAGAAUUCAUGUUCACACGCAUUUCCAAACUUUUGGAAUUAUCAUUUUCUGUUAUAUUAUGUCUCUUGUAACUUCGUUUUUUUCUAAUAUUGACGUGCAUAUAUAAGAAUUGAGUGCAUUCAUUUUAAAAACGGCAAAAAAAUUAAUGAAAAUUAUAGUAAAAUAUAUAUAUAUAAUGAAGGAGGAAAGAAAAAUUAAAUAAAAAAUAUUAUUUAAUGUCUUUUGUUAAGUGUGAAAUAUAAUUCUGGAUCUGUAUUUUAUCAUACAUUCUGUUCCUUUUUUUCAUUCGAUAAUCUAUGGAAAUAACUGAAUUAGAUAACAGAGCUAUUAUAUUUUACAGACAAAUUUUUGAAAUACAUUUCCGUGUAUAAUGUGUGAUGAUUGUUGUUUAAGGCCCGGUUGCACCAAUGUUUUGGCUUUAAGCGAGACUUAAAAUUUCUGGCAAUAACCAAUAUUAUUUGGCUUUUGGCUUUAGGCUUUAGACUAUAAUUUAAUCGUUGAUUAACUUAUUAUUUAAAACCAAAAGUUAAAUAACAUUUGUUAUUGCCAAAAGUUUUGAGUCUCGUUUAAAGCCAAAAUAACAUCAAGAGAUACAGUAGUGUCUCGCGCCAAAUUGAUGUAACCAGACUUAAAUGGAAUAAUAUAGAAACCAGAACUAUUAUUCGAUGGAAUUUAUGUUGCAUAUAUUUUAGACCCCGAAAACAUUUACAAAAUUCCAUUAAUGUAAUUAUUUUUUGUAUAAUAGUAUAUUGACUAGAUCACUUUGAAUCAUAGUCAUCAAUGUACAUUAUGUAACAAUGUAUAUAUAAUGUCAUAUACACACAUAAGUUUAUGUAUAUAAUUUGUAUGUAGCGAGUUGCGAAAUUAUCGAUGGACAAAUUUUAAAACGACAGGGCCUAUCAGAAAUGUCACAGUAAAUUUAUUUGUGUUUGUAUACAUACAUACAUUCUCACACACAUACACAUUAGCUUUGGUAUCUUAGAUGUAAUAAAAUUAGUAUAGAGAGAAGAAAGACGAUUUUAUCACGAAUAAAGAGAUUUCGUGACAAAUA